UUUGUGGUCAUGGAACAUUGGCAGCUUCACACUUUCUAUUCACUUAUGGUUUGGUAAAUGCCGAUAAAAUUGAGUUUCUCACACUGUUUGGAGUUUUGAUUGGUAAAAGAGUUUCAGAAUCACAAGAAUGUGUCUUAAUUGAGUUGGAUUUGCCAAUAGUUCCACUUUCUGAUUUUGACUCUGCUGAGGUUCCAUCUAUUUCUAAAGUCUUGAGUGGUGCUUCUGUGAUUGGCUUAAAGAUUACAACUACUGAAGAAGACCUCAUUGUUGUGCUGCCAUCGGGAAAGGCUGUUGCAGAUCUACAGCCCCAAUUUGAUGAAAUACGAGGAUGUCUUGGAAAGGCAGUCAUUAUUACAGGGUCGGCUCCCCCUGAAUCCGGGUUUGACUUUUUUAGUCGCGUCUUCGAUCCUAAAAUGGGGAUCAAUGAGGAUCUUGUUACUGGUAGUGCACAUUGUGCCAUAGCAGGUUAUUGGUCAAAAAAGCUGGGGAAAUGUGAUUUUGUUGCAUAUCAGGCAUCAGCUCGAGGUGGCAUACUGAACCUCCAUUUAGAUGAAAAGACUCAGAGAGUACUACUUCGGGGGAAAGGCAUCACUGUAAUGGAAGGUUCUCUCUUGGCUUAACUAGUAAUUGCCCCCAAUCUUGGCUUGUAUGAAUCAAUCGAAAUAAAAGGCUGUUAAUGUUUGGAUGGCUCGCUUGGAAUUUUGAUUGACGCUUUUGCCAUCAGACUUAAUUUUAGUCCUUGUAAGUUUUGUACCAGACAUCUUUUGUAAAAUUACAUUUGGCACUGUUAUUCGACAUAAAUUUACAUCUUUGUUAUCUGCAAUGGAAAUUCUCUUUCUUGGUACCUUUGACUACUAGAACAAAA